UGUUAUGCUGAGUGUGCAUGCCUUCGCCUCGCCGCUGUCAAGCUGGCCGAGGCUAGCUUAGUGGGUUAGCAUAGCUAGCCUCCUGGUAAAGUUAGCCUUUCUCACAUCAGAAACAUUUCAAACUAAAGUGCCCUGAUUAUCCAAGUGGUCAGCACACGUUUUGACACAGCUCGGGGGUUUAUUUUGAAAGUUUCCACAUAAAAUGCUCGGUUGUAACCGAGAACAUUAGUGCUCCUACUACGGUGAGAUGGCAGCUAAUCUUUUACACACGCGCGCGCGAGCUGUGAAUUAAACGUGUCAAUGUGAUUUUCAUGUAGUAGAGAGCGGAGGGGGGGCUGCCAGCCAGCCAUUUCGCGCUUGAGGGGUAACUCCCCCUCCCUGAGCUGUGGAUUCGCUCUCGCUGCUGUAUUGCUACAAAUAGUAGAAAGACUGAGCACACGGGGAUUUCCUCGCUUGCUUGUUUUGUAGGCGGGGAGUUGUUUGCCACUUUUUUUUUUUUCACGAGCAGGCGCUGAGAGGCUGGAGACGAGAAGAGUCGUGGAAUGUCAAAAACCGUGCGACCCUGUGUUAGGUCGCUUCUUUUUCCUUUCUUUUGCGUUUAAAUAAAUAGUUUGCGAGGGACGCGUUGGUGUCCGCUGUGCCGCUACGCUUUCUUUUGGUGGUUUGUCAACUCAUGCGCUUCUUGCUGCUCAAACCUGCUGCUUCAUCACCUCGUUGUGGAGGAAAAAAAGGAGCAAGCGCGAGCCGAGCCAGCGGUUUAGCGAGACCAGAUCAACCGGUAGUACAGGUGGACGCUGCUCUCGUGGCAUGACUACCACAAACAAGGGAAACAAGGCCUUAAAGGUGAAGCGGGAGCCGGGGGAAAAUGGCACCAGCCUAACAGAUGACGAGCUGGUGACCAUGUCGGUGCGGGAGCUGAACCAGCAUUUACGGGGGAUGUCAAAGGAAGAAAUCCUGCAGCUGAAACAGCGGCGACGUACCCUGAAGAACCGGGGCUAUGCCGCAAGCUGCCGAGUAAAGCGUGUCACCCAGAAAGAGGAGCUCGAAAAACAAAAGGCUCAGCUGCAGCAGGAAGUGGACAAGCUGGCUACAGAGAAUGCCAGCAUGAAGGUGGAGCUGGAUGCUCUGCGUUCAAAGUACGAGGCCCUCCAGAGCUUUGCCAGGACUGUGGCCCGCAACCCUGUCACCUCAGCAAGGGGACCUAUGGCUUCUGUCAUAGGUCCCCUCAUCCCCGGUAAAGUAGCUGCCACCAGCGUCAUCACCAUCGUCAAAUCCAAAACGGAGGCUAGGUCGUAGUAGCAGAAAGGGCAGAAGAAAGAUGUUUAAGGCUAAACUAGUCAGUGCAUUGUAACAUGGCACAGGAAUGCCUGUGUGAGUUCUCAGUUUUAACCGUGGAGCUAACACUAAAAAUAUGCUUUCCAAAUUCACUCUUACAGAACGACACACCAGUCUGGUUUUUUUUGUUUUUUGUUUUUUUAACAGGCCUGUCAGCAGGGUAAUAAAAAUCAAACUCUAGAAUUUAGGACGAUACAGUUGUCCCAUAAACAAAGGAGAAAUAUUGCAAUAUUGAAACAUUUAGAAAGUGGAAAAUUGAAGAAGACUGCAUCAAGUUUGCUUGUUUUGAUUGAGAUUUUUAUGUCAGUUUUCCUAAAAUCUGGCUCUUAAGUCUCUUCCGUCCUAAGAACUAGCAUCGAUACAGUUUCACAGGUGGUCAAAACCAGUAAGAAAAUAAAUUGGAUCCAUUAUUCCUCACAAGAUCCACAGUACAGAGUGGGAGGAGGAAAAGCCAGCACAUAUCUCACUAAGAAGCCCUUUGCUUGUUAUUAUGCACUGACUUAAAUUGGGAUAACUGACUUCUGGUCUUAAUGCUACAGAUGUCUUUGAAACAACCUGACAAACCCCAAACUCAUAAAUUAGUCCAAUUUGUGAUUCUGUUGGUCGUCUGUUGAGAAUAUAAGCAUGAAAUGAUGCUCCCAAAUAUAGCAUUCAUUUCUGUUUAUGGAUCUGCGACAGGCUUCCGUGAACUUGUCAUUUUCAAAAUGACUGGUAGAUGCAAUAAUAAUAUAUAUGUAUGCACUGAAAAUACAAAGAGGUCUUGCAUAUUUAGGUGGAAACGUUAAAAAAGAUCAGCAGCACUUAAUGAUGUUGUUCCAGAGCUGAGUGCCAUUCCAAUAUGACAAGAUUCUUCUACAAUAUCUGAAAACCUGAAUGUUAUUACAGUAAUAUCCUCAUGUUUUGUGGGGACGGUGAAAUCCACAAACAUUUUGAAACAUAAUUUUUGCUCAUAGAGGUAAUAUGUUGAUUUUGUUUAAAAGAUAUAUAUUGCGUUUUUUUGUAAUUACUUGUUGACAGGGCCGUCAGAUAUUUCCAAAAGAAAAUCUUUACACGAGCUUUACUGUUUGAAUUGUUAAGGUGUAGAAAACUUUGUCUAAAGUUGACUUCUUGGUUUUUAUUACUAGGUAGAUUACCUUCCAUUGUUUAUAGAAAUACAGAAAAAGAAAAUGUAAAAAAAAAAAAUCCUGUGACAUCUUUUUUGCAAUUGUACCGAAAGUGGCUUACUAUUAAAGUCUGAUAGCUUUUUCUAGUGACUAGGCGCGUACUGUGGGGUAGCGCGUGAUGUGAUGUGUAAGUGACAAGUUGGCAGUGUCGUUCACUGUAUAGAUGUCAAUGCUGUGCUAUUUAAAACAAAUCUGUAGAGCUAAACUAGAUGGUGUAAACAAGGUCAAUUGUCUUUGUGCGUAUUGGCAUCUGUGAUAUCCUCCGCUUCCUUGGUGUUAGUUACAAAUCAUAUUGUCAUUACGAGUUUACCACAUUGAGCCACGAAUGACAGAAUUUGAUGAAAUGGCAUUAGUGAACAUGAAGUCAAAAGACUUUUUGAAGCGUAAAGUGAUAACUGAAUAAUGGUUGCAUCUAGUGCUGGAUGCCCUCUAAAAACAUCCUCUGUAACCGGGAAGUAAAGGAUUUUAUUAUUAUUAUUCCAGCAACAUCAUUGGUGUAAAUUACAUUGCAGGCAUAGAGUGCCCUUAAAAGCUAUCUUUUAGAAUUUACCUGUGGGCGUGCGGUUAUCCUGCAAAUGUUGUUGACAAACCUUGCACCUUGUCACGCUAGUAAAAAUAAGAUUUUGCUGCAAGGUUAACCUCAAAGAGGUAUAGCAUCACUCUUCUAAAUCUACCCACUGGUCUUCAGAUUGUCUGAUUAAAAGCAGAAGGGUUUGGCUGAAGGUUUGUAUGCACUAAGCUCCUGCUUGUUUUGCUCAGGACAAAACAGGUCACUUAAAAUGAACAAACAAUUCUAGAUGAGAGGCAAGAAGGUGGGGAUGGCAGCUCUGUUCUUUUUCUGUUUUUUUUUUUUCUCCUUUUUUUCUAAUAAGCAUGUCAUAAAGGGCUUCAAUCCACACUCAGAAAGAGGCACAGUACGACUAUGUAGAAUUACAAUCAACAGCUGCCAGCGAGAGCUCCUUCUGUGCCAAGUGUUGCAUCACUCUGCUGGUCCUCUAAAAGGAAUUUAACACUGAAGCAGGUCUACACCUCAAGGUGAAAGUAGAUGUUUAAUGACAUUAACAGAAUGCACUUCAUCCAGAUCUCCCUCUCCUGCUGGUCAGAACGUCUUAAAGUGUCGGCUGAGGUGUUAAUCUGCAGCCGCUCUCAGACGAUACGCCUCAGUGAAACUCCAUGCCGGAGGUCUGAGUGCUGGUAAUACUGUCCGUAUCCUAGCCUCACUUUGUCAACAUGCUUAGCUAUCUGCAUUGACUGGUUAACUGUGGGAUAAAAUAUAUAUUACCUGACUCUUGACAUAGCCCAGUAUCAAUGUUGGCGUCCUUAUUGCUGUGGCAGUCUUGUGGAGUGAAUCUUUUUUCGUGUCAAGUGUCUUUAAGGUGUUCGAGUGGCACUGUUGACCAAUCUCUCGAUCUCCUCUGGGGAUGAUUCUCUUUCUCUCACAUACAGCUGUAUAGUAUGUAGCUACAGUAGGUAUUAAUGACCAUUGUGAAAAAGUGACCCUUAAUAUGCAACUCAGUGGAAAGGUGUGAAAGAGUAGAUGUAAGAGUAAUCAAUAUUGUCAGAGUUUAGGUCUGUUCUUUAAUCAUUCUUGAUGUUUUGUAGAUUUUUAUUUAUUUAUGUUUUAUUCGCAUCCCUCUGUGGGAGAGCAACUGGCCCUUGGUUAAAGCCGCUAACAAAGCUGUCAAUGUUUUUAAAGGAAUCGUGACAGCUGCACUCAAGCCUUACUCAGUUACUCUGGUCUUCAAUCACCUGAAUACAAAUCCAUUAAUUAAACUUGGAUCUUAACUGAAAUGAACUGCUAUUAUUUAGAUAUUUAUGCACUAAAUAAUGUUGAUGCUAUGAUGGAUUCUGCCACAAGGGCCACUUGCAAUAUUUUUUUUUCCCUCUGUGUGUGUGUGUGUGUGUGUGCGCGCGCGCGUGUGUACGGUUGAAGUUCCUCUGCUGCUACACCAGUCGUUAAUGCUCAUUGUUUUGCUGUAGCAUCAUCCACAACAUUUCUGUUCUCAUUAUGUGUCGUGUGUGUGAAUUUGAAAUUGAUCUUAACACUGUAAUUUGUUCUGCAGAUUUCCUUUUUAAUUAGUUUUGACUUUUUCUUGUUUUGUUUUUUGUUUGUUUGUUUGUUUUUUGUAUUGUUUGAGCAACAUGUUAGAGGAUAAAUAGCAGCACUUGUGUGGCAGUUGAUUUUUAAUAGCUCUCAAGACAUUGGCUUUUUUCAUGAAGUUAUGCUUUGUAAAUGGUUGACUGUGCAGGUUUUUUUCCCUCUUCUCUAUGGAGUGGGUCUGUGUUUCAAAGGUAUACAAAUCUGACUAAAGCGAGUAAUACAAAGUUAAUAAUCUGUUUUGUUAUUUUUCUGUAUGGGUUGUAAUAAAAUAUUGCAGUACUUUGUAUGAAAACAGACAAUAGUUAAUUGUAACUAUUUAUAAAUUAAAUUAUUGUACUUUUUGCAAUCUGUAGAUAAGUACUAUGUAUUCAUAUAUACAGUAACAACUGUGGAUUUAAAUGUGAUUCUCUGAGGUGUCUAAGUUAUUGAUGUAUAUAUUGUAUGUUUGUUGAUACAGCUUACUUUAUUUUCUAUAAGACCAAUAAAAUGUUUUGG